CGAGAGUGCGUGAGUGGGGGACGGAGUGAUCACGGAGAAAUCUCUUGAAGAGGAGGGGGAAAGGGACAGAACAGAAAGUGCUUCAGAGCCGAAUCAAUCCAGCCUAACAAAAGAGACCCCCGAUCUCAAAACGCGACCCGAAUUGCUAUUCAGAGGUUAAAAUUAAAGCUUCUCCACAGUUCAUUUGUAGUCUUGGAAAGACACACUGAAAGCUAAUCAUGAAAUCUCUACUGGAAGCCCUUUCAGACACAACUUUCCGGACAAUCACUACUGAUCUUCUUUAUAUUGCAUCCAAUGAAGUACAAUACGAUGACAGUAAGUUGGACCUCAACAUGACAAAACUUGGUUAUGUCACACAGAAUCUGCACCCCUCCCUUGGAAAAGGCAAUGCUUACCCAGAAAAAAUGGCAUCAGGGGAGGAACUUUUAUCCAAUGCCAACCUCCACGAUUCAAUGAAUGCUAGUAACCUCUUGUACAACCAAUCAGUUAUGAAUGAUACAAUAAAGUGUGGAGAAAACUUCAUGGACAUGGAAUGCUUUAUGAUCCUGACCCCUAGUCAACAGAUGGCUAUUGCUGUAUUGGCAUUGACUCUGGGGACUUUCACAGUAUUAGAAAAUGUAUUGAUUCUGUUUGUUAUUAUCCGAUCUCGCAGUCUCAGAUACAAACCAUCUUAUCACUUUAUCGGCAGCCUGGCUGUUGCUGACCUUCUGGGCAGUGUGAUUUUUGUGUAUAGUUUUGUAGAUUUCCAUGUGUUUCAAACAAAAGACAGCCCAAGUGUCUUCCUAUUCAAACUUGGUGGUGUCACAGCCUCUUUCACAGCUUCAGUGGGUAGCCUCUUCCUGACUGCCAUAGACCGAUACAUCUCCAUACAUAAGCCUCUUGCCUACAAGAGGAUUGUCACAAGGCCAAAAGCAGUUGUCGCUUUCACUGUUAUGUGGACCAUAUCUAUAAUAAUUGCUGUCCUCCCUCUGUUGGGCUGGAACUGUAAAAAACUGAAAUCUGUCUGCUCCGAUAUCUUUCCACUCAUUGAUGAGAAUUACUUAAUGUUCUGGAUUGGUAUUACUAGCAUUUUGUUGAUUUUUAUCAUUUAUGCCUACGUCUAUAUAUUGUGGAAGGCCCAUGCUCAUGCUGUCCGCAUGAUUCAGCGUGGCACCCAGAAGAGCAUAAUUGUCCAGGUGGCUGAGGGCACCAGGGUGCAAACUGUUCGUCUCGAUCAAACCCGCAUGGACAUCCGACUGGCCAAGACGCUUGUCCUUAUUCUUGUUGUUCUCAUUAUCUGCUGGGGCCCUCUCCUAGCCAUCAUGGUGUACGAUGUCUUUGGGAAAAUGAACAACCUGGUAAAGACGAUAUUUGCCUUCUGCAGUAUGCUGUGCUUGCUCAAUUCGACAGUCAAUCCUAUUAUCUACGCUCUGAGGAGCAAAGAUCUGAGGCAUGCUUUCCGUAGCAUGUUCUGCUCCUGUAAGGGAGCUUCAGCCCAGCCAUUGGAAAACAGCCUCGAGUCAGACUGCCAGCAGAAGCAGGCGAACUAUCCUGGCACCAUGCAAGCAGCGGCCAGGAACUGCAUCAAAAGCACUGUGAAAGUAGCUCAAGUGGCCAUCUCGGUCUCCACGGAGACAUCAGCUGAGGCUGUGUGAGUGUAGAGAUCUGACGAUUAUUGCCAACAAUAAUUCUGAUAUGAUCAAAUCACAUUUCUCUAAAGAUCCCUUAAAAAGGACUCAGGCAGCACUUCUGACUAUUUGCCAUAACAACACUUGUAUUAGCUUGGAAUCUGCAGCGAAACCAAUUUAGUGAUUGUAUCCACCCACCUGGCUCUCACACAUCAAAUGAGAGCCAGGCUGUUGAUUUGAAGAAUUUGAUUUACACUGUACUACUAAAAACAGUAGUAUAUGUGGGAAUAUAGUAAAUCUCAUUAUACUCCUGUUGUUUAGGACAAGCCCAAAUUAUCUGGAAACAGAGAAGUCCUUUUAAGAGUUUCAAGUAAAUUAAUGUCUGUCACAUGUAACACAGGUACUUUCCAAAUGUUCAAGGAAAUCUAAACCAAUUUGUGUUUGAUGGAUUUGGUCACCUCUAUGUUAUUGCUACUGAGGCCAGUUUCUGAUGUAGCAUUUGCUUAACUUCCCAAUUGGAACUGAUCAGAACAAAGCAAAACAUGAGAACACUCUACAACAUUGUUGUGCUCACUGAUCAUAAUAAGCAACUCUGAUUAAUUGGUCUAGUAUUGAUGUCUUCAGAGAUGUAUCCCCUUCAAUAUUAAUAUUUAAAUUUACAAAUCAAUAUCUAUUAAAAAUGAAGUAAUAUAUUCAUUGUAUCCUGGUAACAAAGUUUAUUUUUUCCUUCUUUCUUGGUCAUGUGGCAGAUAUUGACCUGAUCAAUUCAUUUUCAUGUGCAACGCUGCUUGUUGCAUGUAUAUAAAAGAGUUUAGCAAAUAAUAUGUGACAUAAUUCCAAUUACUUGCUCCAAGACCUUUUAAAUAUUGGACGAAAAAACUCCCAAAAUUAAAAUGAAUAAUUGUGCGGCUGUCUAAUUAUAUGAAUGUCAUUGGGCCAUACAGUAGUCCCACUUACUCUUUACUGUUUGCCACAGAUUAAUUUUGUAAUCUGAAUUCAGAAUUAUCUUAGAAGAGAAUAAUACAUGAAGUAUGGUAUCAAUCAGGCAAAACUAAUAAGGAGGAAAUUAAAUGUAAGUAAAUGUGCGUUCAUUUAGUAUUUCAGUAGUGCUUAUCAAAAUGUGAUAAUGAUGGUUAAAUGGUAACUUCCUUUUUAAAUUUGGUCAUUGUUUGACAUAAUUAACUAGGUGAUUUUGAGUUCAGAGACUUCAUUUGUCAGCCACAGCUCUAUUUUUAAAGUUACUUUAAGCUGCUUGUUUGAAAUAAUAUUGUACAGAUACAGCCAGUAUGAUUUGAUAUAAAUAGAAAGCAUGUGCUAAUGAAGUUACUUCUUUCUAGACUCCACUCUUGGUCCUAAUGAAUGCAGCACAGGUAAAGCUUUUUAAAAAUUUAUUAUUGAGCUUUAUAAAUGAUUCCAUCAUUUCAUGAAGUAUAAAGGGUGAGUGGAGAAUCCUCAAGAUUAGUGUCUGACCUAAAAGCAGAUUAAAGUUUUUCACAUUUUUGUAACACUUUUCUGCCAACCAUCUUAACUCAAGCAUUUAUAUUAAAUGCCUGAACAUCGUACAAUGGUUUAAUAUUGGGUACAUUAAUGUUACACAAUAA